AUCGCGUACUGGAGGGGUAAUGUAACGUUACGUGCGAAUAGUCCUCGAAGCAGCUGCAAAGCUUGCGAUAGUGCAAGUCUAAAGUAGUAUGUCAAGAACAGUGUCGCACAUGUUCACGUGUUUCACGUUUUGCAAGGGCGAUAGUGAUCGUUUGUGGUCUUGGGGCUUCAUCCCUGCAUGAACAUGGUAGAUGUUACAACAGCUUUACCAUCCAAUGGAGGAGGUUCGUUAAUUGGACGUACAAGAGGUGCUCUCAGGUCCGUGCGAUCCGCUCUGGGAGGAAGCGGGGAGUAUUUACAAGGCCUAGGGAAUAGAAUAGGAUCCGCUCUUAGUAGCAGUUUAGAGGAGAGUGAAUUGACUACAACCCCUUCUUCGCCACCGUCAUCGCCGCAAGCUUUACCGCAGACUGUCAAGUCAGAGGAGCAAUUAGGACGGCGAAAAUUGAGGCUUCCAAGAUUCGGUGCGGGAUUAUCUUACGAGGAUUAUGAGGCGAUAGCGCGACACAAAUUGGAGCGACAAACAAGCACCAAUCUUUCUAGAGCACGAAAGUACCCGCCCGGGAUGACGUACGAGGAGAUAGCAUCCUCGAGAUCGGUCUCGAGCAAAAAGCAAGAGAACCGAACGGAGCAGGAGGAUGUCAGUCCCGAUCGGGACAGCCAAGAAAGUAUAGAGCCUCUUCAAGAGAAGGAUAUCAAAGCGACCGGGCCCGAUCCUUACGACAAGUUGAAUUACAGAGCAGCGAGGGCGCCGACCCGCUAUCAGACGGUCGUUUUCCGUUUAGACGUACCUUGUAGCAGUGAUUCUACGAGCGAUCAAGAUGGAUAUGGACCCAGCACUAGCUUAGAUUCCAACAUGGAUGGUCGCAGAAUGUGGCAGAGAUCAGGAUCAUCAGGUUCUGUUCAGUCCUGGGCUUCGAGCUUAUCAGCUGAUAGCCAAUCGGAGGAAGCAGCCGCGGACUUCAUGAAGGCUUUCGUACCUCUACUAUUCGAUGCUCCUAAUAGUAUCGAUCAAGAGCAAAAGGCUAAUUUUGGACAAAUGGUCUUGACCGAAUCAGGAAGAAUAUGGUUCUCUAGAGUGGUGAACGCGAGAAGAGCACGGGCGUGUGUUACGGAAGCUUCAUUUUACUCCUUGGCACAACAUUUCGCAGUCGCCUUAUUUGAAUGUCACGAGGCGGACGAUUUUGCACCCGCAAAAAGUCUCAUGAACAUGUGCUUCACUUUUUAUCACGAAGUUGAAGUUCCUGGGUUAGAGCCUUACCGCGAAUAUUUGUACACGCAUUUACGCGUUCAACCAAUAUGGACGUCCAUGAGAUUUUGGACGGCUGCUUUUUUCGAUGCGGUUCAAUGUGAACGAGCAUCAAGACCAGUACCACCUCGACCAAAAUCCUUAGAUCAGGAAAGCAUCGCCGCCGAAGAUCGAAAGUUUCAAGCGAACAUUGUCUUCGGACAGUUAGGGACUUUUACUUGCAACAUGCACGCUUUCGGUCUGUCACGAGCUUUAUGCAUGGAGUUUCUCCGAAAACAAUGCAUCAUUGCGAAUUUAACCAAAGAACAAGAGAAGAUGCUGCGAGAUAACAUCGAUCGAAUGUUUGAUGAGACCGAGCCAUGGCGGUAGUUUAAUUCGAGUGUAAAUAAGAUCAAUUUCGAAAAUAAUUUUAAGAAGUAAUGAAAUAUUCCUUUUUGAAAAUAUUUUCAAGAAAAUCGAAUCGUCUUCGUAAGAUCGAGAAAGCGGCGAAGUCAAUUAUGAACGAAAUCUUGUUAAUAUUGUUGAUGAAAAUCAACAUUGUUGAAUCUUACGCCGCAUGUGACACGCCAAUUUUUGAGAUUCAAACCUUGCACAGAUUCGCGCGCCUUAAAUUAUGAAAAGUAUAUAUUAAAUCUUACUACAACAGCUCUCUUACGUAUCGAAUGUAAAGUUCCAUAAAUUCUCGCAUUUGGAAAUUAAUUCUAUAACAGAAAUUAGGAGAAUCUGAGAGAAAAAUUUGUUUUGGAAUAUUUAUAAAUUUUGAAAUAAAAUAUUAAAAUUUUCGCGGAGCGGUGAAAUAAAUUUAAGGACAGAAAUGACAAUAAGAUUUGAAAAUGGAACUGCAUUAUUGGCAGUUUAAUCGCAAAGUGUAGUUUAUCGAGUGUAAUUUAUUACAAUGGGCAACAAAGUGAAAGAAAAAAAUGUUUUCCUCAGUAGAAAGUAAUUCAUAAUUCGAUAUAGAUAAUUCUCGAUAUAUCAAAACUCAUUUUAUGCGACUUUGGAACAAAAAACAUGUAUACACAUUUUCUUAAAUAACUUUUUCAUAAUUCGUAUUAAACGAUUAUUUAUCUAUGUAGCUUCUUUUACUCCGCUCUACGUAAUCACAAUAUAAUUAAUAAAGCAGUUUUGAUGUAUCGAAGAUUUAUUAUAAUUUUACUGGAAAAUUAAGAUCUGCAGCAUUUUUGUAGUUAAAAAUUUUCUGUUUUUACAUCCAAAAAUUAGUGGCUACAGAA